GCCUGCGCUUUGGCAGGCUCUGCGCAGGCGUAUUUCCAACGCUUGGGAGGAGAGGGCGGGGUGUCGUUCCCUUUCGCUGAUGCAAGAGCCUAGUGCGGUGGUAGGAGCAGUGUCGGUAGGAGCAGCGCUGCCAGCGGGGCCUGGGGCUGACCCGUCCGACUUCCCGUCCGUGCCGAGCCUACUCGAGCCGCAGCCAUGUCCGGGGACGAGAUGAUUUUUGAUCCUACUAUGAGCAAGAAGAAAAAGAAGAAGAAGAAGCCUUUUAUGUUAGAUGAGGAAGGGGAUGCCCAGACAGAAGAAACCCAGCCCUCAGAAACAAAAGAAGUAGAACCAGAGCCAACUGAGGAUAAAGAUGUAGAAGCCGAUGAAGAGGACAGUAGGAAAAAGGAUGCUUCUGAUGAUUUAGAUGACUUGAACUUCUUUAAUCAGAAGAAAAAGAAGAAAAAAACAAAAAAGAUAUUUGAUAUUGAUGAAGCUGAAGAAGGUGUAAAGGAUCUUAAGAUUGAAAGUGAUAUCCAAGAACCAGCUGAACCAGAGGAUGACCUUGACAUUAUGCUUGGCAAUAAAAAGAAGAAAAAGAAGAAUGUUAAGUUCCCAGAUGAGGAUGAAAUACUAGAGAAAGAUGAAGCUUUAGAAGAUGAAGACAGCAAAAAAGAUGAUGGUAUCUCAUUCAGUAACCAGACAGGUCCUGCUUGGGCGGGCUCAGAAAGAGACUACACAUAUGAGGAGCUACUGAAUCGAGUAUUCAACAUUAUGAGGGAAAAGAAUCCAGAUAUGGUUGCUGGAGAGAAAAGGAAAUUUGUCAUGAAACCUCCACAGGUCGUCCGAGUAGGAACAAAGAAAACUUCUUUUGUCAACUUUACAGAUAUCUGUAAACUAUUACAUCGUCAGCCCAAACAUCUCCUUGCAUUUUUAUUGGCUGAAUUGGGUACAAGUGGUUCUAUAGAUGGUAAUAAUCAACUUGUAAUCAAAGGAAGAUUCCAACAGAAACAGAUAGAAAAUGUUUUGAGAAGAUAUAUCAAGGAAUACGUUACCUGUCACACGUGCCGAUCACCGGACACAAUCCUGCAAAAGGACACCCGACUCUAUUUCCUACAGUGCGAAACUUGUCAUUCUCGAUGUUCUGUUGCCAGCAUCAAAACCGGCUUCCAGGCUGUCACAGGCAAGCGAGCACAGCUCCGUGCCAAAGCUAACUAAUUGGCUAACUACCACUGAUUUUGCAAAGUGUGUUGUGGAGAUUUGGCUGGACAGGUUUACCAUCAGAAUGGAUAUACCACUGUAUUAAAAAACAAGAUAGAAAAGCUGCCAAGUUCUUUGGCGUGUGGCUGGUUGGUCUGAAAUCCUUGCAAGAUGCCGAUGCUCAAGCUGUUGACAUACUCAUUGCCUACUUUAACAACUGUCAGAAAAACGUGAUGGGGUAAGGCGGUGCUUUUUUAAAAUCGUUCAUAGACUUAUGUAAAAUGCAAGAUAAAUUAAAGUUAUUAUAACAGUGAUUCUUUCAA